AUGGGUACUGCCAUUUCUGCUAAUAUUUUGUAUAAUUUUCCUUACAGCGCAAAAUGGCUGCGCAUUUGUUCGGCGCUUUUGCCAAAGGGGAAAACGUUCAAUAAUGUGGCCGACACUUUGUCCUUAGGUUGUUAUACUAUGGGAUUUCAAAGUAUCAUUAAUAUGUUGUGCUACUUGAGUAGUCCUCGUUCUUCACCGCAGAAUUGGGUCAAUUUCAUCUAUAUCCUUUGGAUCUUUAGCGUUGCUAUGUCGUUCUAUAGCUCAUGGGUGAUAUUCUCAUUCGUAUUUACCAAAAGAUUGAGUUUUCAGUUUUCUACGCUCUUGGGAAAUAUCGCGCUUCCCUUUGUCCCGUUAACUGUUGCUGCUGCGACUGGUUCCGUAGUUGUUCAAACCUUCUCGUCUCGUAUGAGCCGCAAGUUUAUUUUGAAUACCAUCGUCACAACCUAUAUUUGUUGGUCAAAUGCCAUUACUGUAGGAUUUUGUGUCAUUGCUGUUAUUUUAUGGAGGCUGAUUUUUUACAAAUAUCCCGAUAGUCCUGUGGUCUUUACCCAGUUUGUCCCCAUUGGUGUUCUUGGUCAAGGUGCUUUUGGAAUCAUUAUGCAGGCACUCAAUGUGAGGAUAUAUGCAGAUUCGUAUCUACAAAAUAUUUCUUUUAUUGGAAUUUAUACCAACUUUUUAAUUAUCAUGUCAGGAUUUGUAUCGCUAUUUCUAAUUUCCUUUGGUUAUUUUCUCACUUUUGUAGCUGUCUUUGCAGUUUUCACUCAUGGAGUGCGACACGAAUUCACAGUGGUCUGGUGGGCUACUACUUUUCCGUUGGGCACUAUGGCCAUCUCCAAUUCGAAACUCGGCGAAAUAGCUCAAUUGACCUUCUUCCGUGUUAUAGGCGCGAUUUACGGUGUUGCGUGCAUCUUAACUACCAUGAUCUGUAUUUUUGGAAGCAUCUAUUUGGGAAUCCAAAAAUAUCGCAUAGAGUUUCUUAAAAAUAAUUUGAAUACUCCAUUACCUACAGCAGUAAAACAUGAGACAGAAAACUCUACCACCUGA